CUCAGCCCAACUUGUCAACCUGAACGCCUCCUCUACCACCCAAACCACAAUUUUUUUCUUUCCUGCUUUGUCACCUUUGCGGACAAGCUUUCUCGCGCCAACGGCAUCUUACGCCAUUGUGCAGAUCCUUGACCAAAGAUUCGACCCGUCUUUAUCCCAGCUUUAUCGGCCGUCAUCCCCUCCUGCUGACCCGAUCACUGCUGUACGCGCACUGCAACAAGAAAUCUCCCACCCCUCCCAAAACACAUGAUGGGGCUGUCCUACCAAAGGGACUUAUCUUUGGUUCGAACAUGAUAGGUCUUUGCCUAUCUAUUCCAAGUCGCUUAUAUUCAUAAUCGACACACGCCCCAACGUCACGUCAGACCUCUACCCUUCUUCGACAUGGCGACGUCAAGAAGGUCAGGCGGGCGCUCAGGCUCGCAACAUCGUGCACGUGCUCUACACGGUAUUCUAAACGACCUAGAUCUACAUUCUGAAUCGGCAUCUGAAGAUGAAUCCGUUGAACUCGAAUCUCCAUCUGCCACCUUAGUGGACGCUGGUGUUCCUGAUCUCGGCGUUCAGGAACAGGCAAGCUUCUCUGCGCAAGAGCGUGCGCUCUACGACCACGCUUCUCCACGCAUUUCUUCUCCUCAUUCGACGCAUCUGCCCCAGAUGACGAGUUCCCCGCCGGCUGCGUCAGGCCAGCCCUUGACAGUCUUGACUUCGGCUUCUCCAGCGUCCGGUUCAUCGAGGCGAACACCUAUUCCGAGAAAUGACGCGGCAGUCUCUUCAGCCUCGACCUCCACAUCUGUGCCUGGGCCUCGAGCGGAGAAGGAUACAGACGAUCCAUCAACCCCGAUCGAAGUGAGAGACCCAUUGGAGCGGCUGGCAAAUCACCCUCAGAUUGCCCUAACGCGGCUUUUCGCCGCCAGUGAUGGUACUCCUGCUUCGGCUUCCAGGCAACCAUCUUAUACAACUCCCUCUGCAACUGAGUACACCCGAGCUCCAUCUUCAGACAUCGCGACGCUGCCGCAGCAUCUCUAUACCCGCGGUCUGUUGAGUGGGAAACACUCCGACAUCGCCGUCUACGCCUUUUCAACCAGAUAUGCCUUGCAUCGCAUCAUUAUUGACCGAGCGCCCUUUUUCACCUCCGCCCUUUCCGAGCCAUGGUUUGAAAGCUCGUCCAAAGAGAUCACGCUACAUCCCGAAGACAUUGAUAGCAACAUUACCCAGCCAGCCUUUGAACUUGCCUUGAAGAGACUUUAUGGUUGUCACGAUAGUGCAGAAGAGGACACAGAGGCCGUCGGUCUCUUUGCUACGGGAUGCUGGCUGGAGAUGACGGACUUGAUUGACGCUAGCGUUGAGUCUAUUCUGCGACAAAUGGCCCCGUCCAAGCUCUCGCGCUUGAUCAAGCUUGUAACCCGUAAUUACUAUGGAAAGCACGGCGAAAGGAUCCUCGCGUCUGCCAAGGCCAUGCUCUGCCGCGACGGUUGGGAGAUGCCCGUUCGGCACUGGGACGGUGUGUCGGGAGAUAUUGCCAGGGAAAUCGUCGGAGGUGAUGGGUUCUUUGUUCCGGGAGAGUGGGAAAGGUGGCAUCUGGCCAAGAAGAUUUUGGAUCGGAGGCUCAAGGGCCUUGCUCGAGACGCUGGACUCUUGAAUACAGACGGAACGCCCGCGCGGGCGCCAGAUUCCCUCGGCCUCAUGUCGUUCCGAUUUGACUCUGUGUAUCGCCGCAACUCGAUUUCCGGCGGUCGUCCGACAAGCGAAGGUUCCGAUUCGUGGAUUGCACUCUACUCUCAUCCCGACAUCACGCCUUUGCUCGUUUUGCUCGAUGAAGGAAUUCACUAUGUGCACUUGAGUUUCGAGCAGCUGCAGCACAUUCGGAUGCAGCGUGACAUCCUCGGGCUGCCGGUAUUGCCCGAGCGUGUUCUGUCCAAUGCCCUUUGGAUGAGCAUGGAGCUGCGCCAAAGGGUUAUGAAUGCCAGAGAUACGGAUCUCGAGCUGGGCCUGAAGAAGUCUGCCGAUGAAGGAUCGGAAGACGGCUCCAUCGUGAGCCCGGUGGCAACGAAUGGUCUGCCCAGCACAAGCAGUUCUAAAGGCAAGCGCACUCAGGUGCCUGUUGCAGAGGACGCCGAGGAAGAUCAGCCCGAGUCUGGUAGCUGGGAUGGUAAUGGAAAACCGAGAAAGUUUUGGAUCCCCAAUGUCGAUUGCACUUGCUUCAUGGGUGGCUUCCCCGAGGCCGCCCAUAAUUCAACCACCCCGCGUGCCGCACCAGGCUCCUCUCAUGGAUCUCGACUCUCAGCCAGCUUCCAACCACAGGAUGUGCAAUGGGCGUCGGAUUUCACCCUCUUAUCUGCGGACCGGCCCAUGUCUCCACCAGAGGGGCCCGCCGCUGCCAACGUCACUCCUCCCGCGUACUACACCCAUGUGCCACCCUUCAGGUUUUCUGCCGAGUUUCCUAAUCCUCGCCUUCUCAAGGAGAAGAAGCGAGUCUAUUCCCGAACUGUUUGGUACGCAGGAAGUAUGUGGAAUCUAUAUAUCCAAAAGGUCCGGUCAACCAAGAACGUCCAACUUGGUGUCUAUCUCCACCGCGCCAAGGAAAAGGACGAAGUUGACGCCGUCGCCGCUGCUGCCAUGUAUGGCUCUCGAGGCACCGUGGAUGAGCGGAUCGGUCAGCUCGAACGAGAAAUGUUGCUCCGUCGCAAUGAACGUCGUGCAAGACGUCAAAUGGACAUGACUGGAGACGGCGAAGAAGACACGAGCGGAUCCGGUGGAGAGCCAGACAUUCUUGGGCUCGGGUCAUCUGUGCGUCCAGGGGUGCAUCCGACUUUGAGCACCUUGCUCCGGAAUGAUGGUACUAGACGGCCAUCGCCUCUACCCCAAACGCUCAGCACUGAUUUGCCCGAUCGCGAUGCCAAAGACGAUGAGCGGCUGGACCUCGUCGAAGAUGGCACGGUGAAAACGUCUCCUACUUUGCCAGGCUAUCAUGAUGCGCGGCCCACCAUUCGGACUUACUUUAAGAUAUACUCCCCCAGCAAGGGCGGCCGUAUGUUGAGCGUCUAUGAGAGUGCACCGGAUAAGUUCAACUUUAGUCAAAGCUGGGGCUGGAAGAGCAGCGCCAUGGUCCUAGAUGAUGGACCAACUGGAUACGAAGAGGGAACGCAGGCGAAACACAAGGAGGGACGGUUGCGGUUUAUGGUAGUGAUUGGUAAGUCACGUCACUCUUUGAAGGGCAUGAUGGCGAGACUUUUUUUUUUUUACUGACGCUCUAUCCCCAGGAAAUGUUUAAAGGAGAGAAGUUGCGAAGGGAUAUAGCUUUUUUGCAUUUACAGGUCAUCGAUGUUCAGGUAUCAGGUUGCAUCGUUACGGAGCUCUUUACCUUAUUCUCCCU